GCGCGGCGCGGGCAUGGGCGGCGCGGCGCUGGCCGGCGCCCUGUGGCUGGGGCUGCUGUGGCGUCUGUGGGCCGAGAGCGGCGCCGAGAGCGGUACCGGGGCGGGCUGCACCGCGGCCGGCAAGUGCUGCGAGGGCAGGGACGCCGCCUGCGUCGGCAGGGGCUGGAGGGCGGACGGGGGCUACGGCACCUGCUUCUGCGACGAAGGCUGCCGGCGCGUCGGGGACUGCUGCCACGACCACGGCCAGGCGUGCCCAGCUCUUCCCUGCAUUGUAGGGGAGUGGAGUCACUGGAGUGGCUGCGCAGAACAAUGUAAACCCGAUUUGCGAAUACGUAGGCGCUAUGUACAACAGGAACCUAAAAACAGUGGUGAACCCUGUCCUGUUCUGGAAGAGAAGGCUGGCUGCCUGGACUACCUGACUUACCAGGGAAAGGACUGCGGACAUGAACAUGUCCCUGCUUUCAUAACUACCUCUGAAUACAGUAAAGAAAGAAAACAACGAACAGCAUCUCCUCUCUGGUCUUCAGAAGAAGAAGAAGCUGGUAGAUAUUGUGUGGAAUUUAAAACUGAAUCACUUUCGCACCACUGUGCUUUGGAGAAUCGGCCAUAUGCUCGAUGGAUGCAGUACCUACGAGAAGGACACACUGUGUGUGUAUCCUGCCAGCCUCCAGCUAUGAAUAUUGACACUCAUCGUUGUUCUGGAGAUGGCCAUAAUGCAGAUAGAGAUAAAAUCUUACACUGGGAAGCAGUUGGCAACUCUCGGUGCCAAGGAACCUGGAAGAAAGUUCGGCAACUGGAGGAGUGUUCAUGUCCCCCUGUUCAUAGCUUUAUUUUCACAUAAAGGUUCAAAAGAUCUUUAAAACAGCAACAACAAAAAGAUUAAAGAAAACUAACACUGAUGCCAAAAAACUUGCAGCUUUGUACUGUAUUGGCUGGUGCCUCACUGAACUUUAAAGGAGACAAAAAUUUGGAAGCAGUUUGGGCAACUGUCUCUGUCUUAAUACAAAAUGCUGAGAUUGAUCUAUGUAACUUAGAACGCUGUAAGCCUGUUUCCAUGUUUCUCUUUUGUAAUUAAAGAGCUAGUAUUUCUAACCAUAA